AUUUAGAAGGCAAUGCAUAUCAAAACAACCACCUGCUAAAGAUCAUUCUGGCCAUGCAUCAGUUUGUCAUCUCCUCUGCAGACAUGCUCCAGAAACUCAUUGAUCUCUAUCUUAAUGCUUUAGAAAAUAAAUCUUCCAUGCUGUGUGUAAAGAUAUGCUAUUUCGUGAGGUACUGGAUUACAGAGUUUUGGGUUAUGUUCAAAAUGGACUCUAAACUAUCCGCAACUAUGGAGGAAUUUCAAGAACUGGUUAAAGCUAAUGGUGAGGAGUUACACUGUCAUCUAAUUGACACAACUCAAAUAAAUUCUAGAGAUUGGUCAAGAAAGCUGACACAGCGUGUAAAGGCCAACACCAGUAAGAAACGGAAAGUCUCACUUCUUUUUGAUCACCUUGAGCCAGAGGAGCUGUCGGACCACCUUACCUAUCUUGAGUUUAAGUCUUUCAGAAGAAUAUCAUUCUCAGAUUAUCAAAACUACAUUAUGAAUAGUUGUGUGAAGGAGAAUCCAACAAUGGAAAGAUCAAUUGCUCUUUGCAAUGGAAUCUCUCAGUGGGUACAGCUUAUGGUUCUCAGCAGACCAACACCACAGCUUCGGGCUGAAGUGUUCAUCAAGUUCAUUCAUGUUGCCCAGAAGCUCCACCAGCUGCAGAAUUUCAAUACAUUAAUGGCAGUGAUAGGAGGUCUCUGUCACAGUUCCAUUUCCAGACUCAAGGAAACAAGCUCAUGUGUUCCUCAUGAUGUAAUUAAGGUGUUUAAUGAAAUGACAGAACUGCUUUCAUCUUACAGAAAUUAUGAUAGUUACAGACGUGCCUAUAAUGAGUGCAGUAACUUUAAGAUCCCAAUCCUUGGAGUCCACCUGAAAGACUUGAUAUCACUUUAUGAGGGCAUGCCAGACUACUUAGAGGACAAAAAAAUUAACAUAUACAAACUGUAUGCUCUGUAUAACCACAUAAAUGAGCUGAUACAACUCCAGGAAAUGCCACUUCCUCUGGAGGCUAAUAUGGACCUUGUUCAUUUGCUUACACUGUCCCUUGAUCUUUACUACACAGAAGAUGAAAUUUAUGAACUUUCAUAUGCACGAGAGCCACGAAGUCACCGAGCUGCCCCUUUGACACCUUCCAGACCACCUGUAGUUGCAGACUGGGCCUCAGGAGUAGCCCCAAAACCUGAUCCAAAAACUGUCAGCAAACAUGUUCAGAGGAUGGUAGAUUCUGUCUUCAAAAAUUAUGACCAUGAUCAGGAUGGAUACAUUUCCCAGGAAGAAUUUGAAAAGAUAGCUGCCAGUUUUCCAUUCUCGUUUUGUGUAAUGGCUAAGGACUGGGAAGGUCUGAUUAGCAGGGAUGAAAUAACAGCUUACUUUAUGAGGGCUAGCUCAAUCUAUUCCAAGUUAGGACUUGGGUUUGCUCACAACUUCCAAGAGACCACUUACUUAAGGCCUACUUUCUGCGACAACUGUGCUGGAUUUCUGUGGGGAGUCAUUAAACAAGGAUACAGAUGCAAAGACUGUGGAAUGAACUGUCACAAGCAAUGCAAAGACCUGGUUGUGAUAGAGUGCAAGAGAAGACCCAAAACUUCAGUUACAGACAGCAGCCCGACAUCUGCUCUUGCUUCAAGCCUCUGCCCAGUAGGAAUCAAAGAGCAAUUCCAUGGACAAGAAGAAGGACCAUUCACAUUUCCUAAUGGAGUAGUGGAACACAAUGAAGAUAGCAAGGACCGAACCAUUAUGCUUAUGGGUUCCUCAGCUCAGAAAAUCUCAGUGAGACUGAAACCAGCUGUGGUUCAUAAAGGUAUACAGACUGAUCCCAUACUGCUGGCUGGUGAUGUAUCUCGUAGGCAGACAGAGAAGAAAGAACACAGGAUGCCAGAAAACCCUUAUCUCCAGGCAGCUCCACUAUCCCCAUGUCCAAGCCCAAUUCUAGGGCGCAAAAAGGCCUAUGUUAAAUGGGAAAACAAGGACUCCAGCCAGAAAAUGAAGGAGGAGCAUCACAGCUGUAAACCGUCAUACCAGGAACUUGAGCAGGAAAGAAAUAUUCUAAAGGCAGACAACGAAGGUUUAAAGAUCCAACUGGAACAGGCACAUAAAACAAUUGAGUCUCUCACAAUCCAGAGAAGAAACCAUGUAGUUGACAGCCUACAACAACACAGAGACUGCUCCUAG